CUUCCGGCAGCCGGGCCCGCGCAGGAGGCGGGCUGAGAUGGCGGCUGCCGUGCCCGGCGCCUCCCGGGCCCGAGCCGCCGCCGCGCUGCUGCUGCUGGGCUGCUGCGGCGCAGCGCUGCCCGGCGGCCUCCAGGAUCAAGCAGAGCAGUUUUUUAGAAGUGGACAUACAAAUAACUGGGCAGUUUUGGUGUGUACAUCCCGAUUCUGGUUUAAUUAUCGUCAUGUGGCAAAUACUCUUUCAGUGUACAGAAGUGUCAAGAGGCUGGGCAUUCCUGACAGUCACAUUGUCUUGAUGCUGGCAGAUGAUAUGGCAUGUAAUCCCAGAAAUCCCAAACCUGCUACUGUGUUUAGUCAUAAAAACAUGGAGCUAAAUGUCUAUGGAGAUGAUGUGGAAGUAGAUUACAGAAGCUAUGAGGUUACUGUGGAAAAUUUCUUGCGUGUUUUAACGGGAAGAAUCCCACCAAGCACACCACGAUCUAAACGUCUUCUUUCUGAUGACAGAAGCAAUAUUUUAAUAUAUAUGACAGGCCAUGGUGGAAAUGGUUUCCUAAAAUUUCAGGAUUCUGAAGAAAUCACAAAUGUAGAACUUGCUGAUGCCUUUGAACAAAUGUGGCAGAAAAGGAGGUACAAUGAAUUGUUGUUUAUUAUUGAUACUUGUCAAGGAGCAUCCAUGUAUGAGCGAUUUUAUUCACCCAAUAUAAUGGCCUUGGCUAGCAGCCAAGUAGGAGAAGAUUCUUUAUCACAUCAGCCUGACCUGGGGAUUGGCGUUCAUCUCAUGGACAGAUACACCUUCUAUGUGUUAGAGUUCUUGGAAGAAAUCCAUCCAGCCAGUCAGACAAAUAUGAAUGACCUAUUUCAGGUCUGUCCAAAAAGCUUGUGUGUUUCCACCCCGGGGCACCGGACGGACCUGUUCCAGCGGGAGCCUCAGAACGUUCUGAUCACAGACUUCUUCGGCAGCGUCAGGAAGGUGGAGAUCACCGCAGAGACGCUUUCCUUGGACCGCCGUGUGCCUGCCCUGGAAAGCAAGUUUCCAGAGGAGGAGUUGGCAACAGAGCCACUAAAAUAUGCUGAACAACUUCCUGUAGCUCAGAUAAUACACCAGAAACCAAAACAAAAGGACUGGCAUCCACCUGGAGGAUUUAUUUUAGGACUGUGGGCAUUGAUCAUCAUGGUUUUCUUCAAAACAUAUGGAAUCAAGCACAUGAAACAUGUCUUCUGAACUGGAGCAAACAAGAUACUUGCACUGGCUGCUACUUUGGGUUCAUGGGUAUCUCCUGUGUUCUCUGCACGUGGAUUAUGGUUGUGUUGAAACUCUGUGUUGACAUCUCGCUUCUAAAGGUUCUUUUGAAGCCAUCUCUUCUGCCCCUUUUUCUGGAAAGAUUCUAAAAAUGAUGUUAAUGUUACUGUUAUUUCACUUUGUCUUGUUAUUUUCUUUGUCUUGUCUUUGUCUUUGUUUUUUGGUUAAACUUAAAAAGGGCAGGACCUAAACCUAGAAACAGGACUUCUGUGGUUGCUUCUGGAUUGUAAAUGAGCAAAUUAUUUACACCAUACUUCGAAGUAAAUCUUAGAAGUCACCUCUUACUAAAGAACUGGACAUUGAGGAGAGCAUUAUUUAAGAUGUCAUUCUGUCAAUAAAAACUUAACCCACUUUGCAGACUUUGGCAUGGCAUAUUGGAAGCUUUCUUCACAAAAAUAAAAAUACUCUGGAAUAUA